CGAUCGAGCGGCGCUGGUCAUGGCUCUCCUGCUGCUGCACGGCUGCCUCGCGCCCGUCCGCGCCGCCGCCGCCCCGGCGUUCCGGCGACCGGAGACGACGGGCCAGCUUCGUUACCGGCGGUCGUCUCGGUUCGUGCCGGUUGCCUCGGCCGCCGCCUCCUCGCCGUCCAGCGACGGCGCUUCCGCGGCGGUGCUGCAUGGCUCGGACGGAUCCACUGCCAAGGCGCGCGACUACGGCGGGACCAACGGCGCCGUUUCCGGCACCGCCAGGUCCACCUCCAUCGAGACCACUGUGGAGAGGGUCAUCUUCGAUUUCCGGUUUCUGGCUCUUCUCGCGGUCGCCGGAUCGCUAGCCGGCUCCCUCCUCUGCUUCCUCAAUGGUUGUGUGUACAUAAAAGAGGCGUACAUUUGCUACUGGACGAGCUGCGUCAAAGGUGUUCAUACAGGGCAGAUGGUCCUCAAAGUCGUCGAGGCCAUUGAUGUGUAUCUUGCUGGCACAGUCAUGCUCAUCUUUGGCAUGGGUUUGUACGGGCUGUUCAUCAGCAACGCGUCUAACGAUUUACCUUCUGGAUCGGAUCGGGCUCUUCAGGGAUCAUCACUCUUUGGAAUGUUCGCUCUCAAGGAGAGACCCAAGUGGAUGAAGAUCACCUCCCUGGACGAGCUCAAGACGAAAGUGGGGCACGUCAUCGUCAUGAUCCUGCUCGUGAAAAUGUUCGAGAGGAGCAAGAUGGUGAAGAUCACGACGGGGCUGGAUCUGCUCAGCUACUCUGUUUGCAUCUUUCUCUCCUCGGCUUCCCUCUACAUCCUGCACAACCUCCACCGGCCCGAGCACGAGGAGUCGGUCAUGCCCAACUUGUAGCCGAACCUUAUGACUCGGUCGGGGUUGGGAGCUGGAAUCUGAAGCCAUAGCCUCGUAGUAUGUAUGCAGGUUGAUAUCUGACCGAGGCAUCAAUCCUGAUGUGCUAAGAGCAGAACGAACGAUGCGGAUGUCAUCGGUAGGAAGAACACGUACUACCAAUGUGUGUAAUAGUGUAGCUAGGAGGGAAGAUCAUAUUCAGAACUGUAACACGACAUCUCUGAAUUGUCAAGUGCAUUAGUUCAAACAAAAGAACCAGAGUUUGUAUUAGCUCAUAUAGAGAGCAUCAAAUCACAGCAGCAAAACACAAUUCUCAA